CUUAAGUAUCUCGAUGAGUUGACAUGAUCUCUGAGAUUCUGUUGAUAAAGACCUUACUGCAGAGUCACAAAGAUCGUGUCCCAGACCUAGCGAGCAUUUUGAGCUCACACGUAAGCCUUGGACGACGGACUCACCCUUUCGGACUCUUGCUAUCAUACUUCCUGCCAGGUCACUAGUGUGCACUUCCUAGUUCUGAUCACACUUCCCAUUCAAUAUUUGCCGCAGAAACAUGACCUACACCUCACAAUCAUGCGAUCAGGCCACUUCUCUUUGGCUCGCCAAUGAUUUGCCUCAAGAGAUCCUUUCACACCUCAAACUCGGUGGCUGCCCUGACACUGCAAUUAAUUCUUCCUUCAAGCUAGGGAGCGCAGCCCAGACAUCUGUCGGCCUUUCAGGCCUGGCAGCUGCAUAUAUCCUUUCUCUGAGGACCGGAAAUAUGCAAGACGUCAGUGUCGACGCACGUCAUUCUAUUCUAGACAUCUCUAGUGAAUCUUGGUACACCGUAGAUGGCCAGAUGCCCACUGCGUCUGCGCGAGAUUACCUGGCAGGAAUAUACAGAACCAAGGACAACAGUUUUGUUCGUCUGCACACCAACUUCCCGCAUCACCGACAGGGCAUCCUCAAUAUUUUGCAGUGUGAUCCCACUCGUGAAGCUGUUCAAGCCGCGUUAUUGCAAUGGAAUGCGAAAGAUUUGGAAGAUGAAGCAGUAAAGCAGAAAAUGUGUAUUGCUGCCUAUAGGUCAUUCGAGGAGUGGGACAAACAUCCGCAAGCAGCUGCAUUAAGAGGAACACCUCCAGUCCAGCUCAUCAAGAUCGGAGAAGCUCCUAAACGGGACAUCAUGGAGUCCCCACGGUUCCCUCUUGAGGGAAUUAGAGUUUUAGAUCUAUGCCGGGUGCUUUCAGGACCCGUGUGCGGCCGAACGCUCGCAGCGUAUGGCGCUGACGUGCUCCUCCGCACGACGCAGCUCGAUCUCACCCAAGCCCCGCAAUAUGAUUGCCUGAAAGAAUUAGUCAAGAAUGCUGAUGUAUUCUUGCAAGCAUACCGACCAGGUGGUCUUCAGGAGAAAGGGUUUGGACCCCAGGAGCUUGCCAAAGUUCGGCCUGGCAUUGUAUGCGCCAAUUUGACAGCGUAUGGUUGGGAGGGUCCCUGGAAACAUAAGCGCGGCUUCGACUCGCUCGUGCAGACUGCUACAGGCUUCAAUUGGGCGGAGGCUGAAGCUUUUGCUAAAUUCAAUGAACAACCCGUCAUGGAUAAGCCGGAACCUCGAGCACUCCCUGUGCAAGCCUUGGAUCAUGUCGCAGGGUUCUUCCUCGCUUUUGGUAUUCAAGCUGCAAUCGCAAAAACGAUCACUGAAGGUGGUUCCUGGGAAGUCCGUGUCUCUUUAGCAGCAGUUGCACAGUGGCUCCGAUCACUCGGGCAACUUCCGCCAGAUACCGCUUUCAGAGAUGGGAGACCUCUUCCAAAGCGAAUGACCCCACCAGACCCAGAGGUAGCUGCAUUAUCGGUCACACUCCACGAGGCGACAGGUGACAAAAGGGACGUUGAAGGGUGUCUCAGGACGAUGACAGCUAUUCGUCAUGCAGCGCAGCUAUCCGUUACGCCUGUCAAAGACGUGGAAGCUCCGAUGUGCUUGGAUCGGCAUCAACCUGUGUGGCUGCCGCGUGUGUGAGAUGCUAGAUGCGAGGAAAGUUGGAUUAACUGCUGAUGGAUUUCCGUCGCCAGAGUCUUUCAGUACAAUAUGACAAACAUCAUGAAUACUACUCCUGAUAAUUAAAAUCAAUCCAUGCUGGUAUACCGCCAAA